AUGGGCUCGUUUGUGUCGCGCCCGUCGGUCGGGGAGGCACGGGCGGAUAUGGACACGUUGCGCCGCGAGGAGCUCGUGCUUGAGGCGGCAGCGAAUCCACGGGACGAGUUCCCGCCCUCGUGCCUCACGCUCUUUGACCGGUGGCUGACGUGCUACGCCCUCGGCCCACAGUUCCGCAGCAUCUACCGCUAUGGCACGAUCGCCGACUGUGCGCCGCGGCGCGAAGAUUUCAAGUAUUGCCUCACGCUGCGGUCGCUAGAGCCCGAGGAGCGUCGUGCAAAGUGGCUCGAGCGCCGUGCCGAAGCCAAGGCACACAAGCGCAAGGGCUUUCGGUCGAGUGAGGCUGUGUGGGACAUGCGACGCGAACCACUCAUGGAUCCAGCUCUGGUGGAUCCAGCAUACCCCCUAUAA